AACCGUUCGUGCCGCAGCAAGGUAGAGCUGCGCCGUUGCGUGUGUGUUUUUUUUUGCCGUGUGUUUUUUGCGUGCUCUUGUGUUUGAUAGUGUCGUUGAGCGCACCGCGCGCCCUGUGUGCAAUAUUGUUUAGACACGAACACAGCCCAUAUACUGCUGAUGUCCCGAGAGCCACAAACUUCAACCAAAGGCCACUAGAAGGAACCAACCUUCCACUUUCACUGAGGAACGAGGAAAAGGGGGAAGCCCCCAGAGAGAGCGCAAAGUGCGGAAAGAAAAGUAGGAAGAACCGCAACUGUAAAACUUCGUCGCAAGAUCACAGAACGGAGCGCAUCAUGACUUUCUAUUGGUGGUCACACUGGUUCUGGAUAACCUGCCUCAGCGUUCAAUUGCUGUCCAGCCAUGUCCACACAUAUCCCAGGGGCCAGGAGGAGGAGGCACAGCAGGCGGCCCAGCCUGUGGUGCGGCAGACCACAAAGCUGUACCAGACGACGGUCAGCCAGACCUGGUCGACGGCCACACAGAGCAACAUCAUGGAUCUGACCAACAGGCCAACAGGGGGUGCCAGUGGCAGUGGCAGUGGCAGUGGCAGUGGCGUGACGCCUGUCUACAACAGGGAGGAUGAGGAUCAAUAUGAGGAGGACGAUCAUGAAGAUCUGCUGCUAAACGAUGGAGCGGAACUCCACCAGCCAGAUGCCGAUGCCGAUGCUGAUGCCGAUGAAGUGGAGGAGCCUGUGGAUGCUCAGUACGAGUUCAAGCGCUCGGCGGACUUUACCUCCGAGCAGCUAAACAAUUUUACGAAUUUUAGCAGUAGCACAAGUACAAACGGCAGCACCAGCAACAGCAGCAGCGCUUUGAAGCCUGCUUUGAACAGCAACAGCAGUAGUCCAGCCACAACGACAGCUGCCACCACAGCCUCAUCAUCAAGCCCAUCCUCAUCAUCCUCCUCCUCAACAGCUGCCACAACAACAACAACAACAACAACGACAGCAGCAGCAGCAACAACAGAAGCAGCUACCACAAAUGGUGGAGCAGCCACUGCAGCCACACCAGUGACAUCAUCGGCCACACCCUCAACACCGAAGAUCAACACGGAAUGGCUGUCGGAUGAGCUGCUGGAACGUGAGGGCGAGAAGGCCCCCUUCACGCUGGAGAAUGCCAACAAGGAGGAGGAGCUGCGUCGGGCCGAGAGCGAGCAUCGGUCGCGCAAGUCGAAAGUAUUGUCGGCCGAAUACAAGCACAUCAAUCGGUACAUCAAUUUCUCCAGCGAUACAAAGAGCCUGCUGACGCGGUCGGCCUCGGCGGCGCCCAGUGUGGCCGAUGGCUAUGAUGGGGCCAACGAUGAUGGCAACAUUUCAUCCGAGGCACUGGCCAUUCAGCGUACGUAUUUCCUGGACGCGGGCGCCAUUUCGGCCAUUUGUUUCACGGUCUUUGGCAUCUGCUGCACUGUGGGCACCAUUGGGAUUGUGCUAUACCGUCGGAGGUUCCUGAACAAGCCGCAGGCCCUGAGCGAGCCCGAUUCCAGUGUCUAUAUAGAUGAUAGCACCAUGCGGGUGAGUGACAACUCGGAUGAGAUGUACAGCCUGGACAACGAUUCGUUUCUCAACUCUUUGGAGGCGAUGACAAUACAGAACUACUGGACGGACACGGUCAAACAUACAAAGCUUUAAUUUCUGAGGGCGUCCGUCCCCGUAUUGGAAUCCCCUUCCUCCCUACGUUUAUUGGUUUCUCUCUUUUCCCCCUCUGGCAUCCCUUUGGAUGCGUCACCACAUCAUAAUCAUUAAGUAGCGUAGCGUCUAAGCUGGCCGCCCACUCGGGGCUGGAGCCGGGGCCGAUGUGUAUGUAUUUACUAAUGUUAGGCACAACCAAAACGAGCAACUAGUUUAAGCCAAAACUACCAAAAUUAUGUUUAAAGUGUGUGUAUUUAGGAGUUAAGAUAAGCGCAAGAAUGUUUGUUGAUCUUAAAUGAUCUACCCUCUACCAGAUCCCGAAUCACCCCCAAGUAACCCCUCUCUAUGAACCAUGAACUCCUGUAUUCCAACUCCCACACUCUUAUCCAUUAGUUAAUUAUUAAUUCUUAUUUAUAUUGUUGACUAUUGUUUCUCUACCCAUUCCCCCCGGCACUCCACCCUUAUGUUUCGAACAUAUGUAUGUAUAUUUAUUAAGUUUUUUUGUCAACAUUCAUGUAUGUCCAACAAUUAGAACGCAAUCAUUCCUUCCAGUUUAGCGUAUAGUGCAACUUAAUAUGUAAUUAUUGUAUUAAAACUGAAUCAAGCAUAUAGCAAUUAAACUUAAA